CUCACAGCAUUUUUUGAAACCUAAAUAAAGACGAAUCAAAUCUCAACGGAGGAUUUAAAAAUUGAAUGGCCGGAGAUGCUGAGUGGGAGGUGGAAGAGGAAGGAGAAGUGGAGAAGUUGGAGUCAGAUGUCAGGGAGAUGUGCAAGAAGAUAUCAGAGUACAGGCAAACCACCCUAACGGAUCCUCUUCCGUCGUUGAAACCCCUCACUAUCUCAGCAGAAGCAGAAGUACCUCUUGUGUUGUUGGGAACUGAAGAGCAAGAGUGUGGGCAGAGAAAGAUCCAGCUCCACGAAACGGUGUCGAGGAACGCUGCUAACAUACCUAUACUUGUGAAGAGAAUGCGAGAGUGUGUAGAAGAAGGGAUUCACAAACUCGAUUCUCUCAACAGAAGAACCAUUCCCCCUGCUUUCAGAAAAAAACCCAGAAUCAUCAUCCCCUGACUGCUAUCUUUUUUCUCCUUGAGGUUUAGCCCCCGCUCACUCUCUCCAUUCUAUUUUUCUCAAGGUUGAUAUCUUAACAUGUAAUCCAAGAUUGGGUUUUCGCAUCUACAUUGAUUUCUACUUAACUCUAACCGAGAGACUCUGAGGUUUGAGUUGAGUAUUCACAUUAUGAUCUUGAGCUACAAACAAAUAUUAUCAUCUUC